CCAGUCUGGACAUAUCUCGUAGUAUGUUGACCGCCAUUUGUAACAACUCUUUUAUGAGUAUGAUACAGCUUAGAGAUCUGAAUGUGUCCUAUAGUAAAAUUAAUGAGCUGCAAUACAAUGCCUUCCACAAAACCGGUGCUAUUCAAUCGAUAGAUCUCUCAUUCAACCAAUUAGACGUGUUUAAUGUUAAUGCUACUGAAUUGACUGGUCUACGCACUUUGUUUCUGGAUGGAAAUCGUCUAACCAUCAUUGGCAAGGACACACUGCGCGGGUUUAUUAAUCUAAUUAAGAUAUCAUUCUCAAAUAACAAUCUAUUAAAUAUAGACGAUGACGCAUUUACUGAUCAGAAAGAUUUACGAAGUUUAGAUUUAUCUUACAAUCCACAUUUGAACUUAAACGUGUCAGCUGUCCGCACAAAUUAUAAUUUAAACAAUCUCUAUUUGAAAGGUAUAACAUGUGCACUUAAUUUAACAUACGCUAGCAAUAUUCCAAUAUUCACUAUAGACAUUUCUUAUGCGAAACUAAAGGCUACACAGACAUUAAAUCUGCAACAAUUAACACAUCUUGACAGUCUUGUGUUAAAUAAUAACAAUAUAGUGAAGCUGAAUGUUACAUCGUUUGCAAAUUUAAAAACUCUCAGAAAACUAGAUGUGAGUUAUAACAAAAUUACAUUUAUACAACCAGGGACUUUUUUGGAUAAUACACUGUUGCAUACACUAAAUAUAUCACAUAACGCUUUGACCACUCUCGGUUAUGGGAUAUUUCGUCGUUUAACCUAUUUACAUACCUUAGAUAUGUCAUUCAAUGAAAUCGACAGCUUGCAAAAUGAAAGAUUUUACGAAGUAAGUAGUUUAAGUGUUCUAAUAGCUGACCAUAACAGAAUAAAAACAAUAAACGCUGAAGCUUUCUUGGGUACCAGCUUAAGUACCUUGAGUAUUGGAGAAAAUCCAAUACCUUGUGACUUGCUGGUCAAUUUAAGAGAUAAAAACUUGCCAUUUGAGAUAACGGCAAUUAAAUUGGAAGAGACAAGUGACUAUGACAAUAUUCACGGGGUCAUUUGUAACGGAAACACCAAAGCUCACACCGCGUUGCUUAGUGAUAAACAUGAUAAUGAAGAGGGUAACAAAAUAUUGAUUGAUAUUAGAGACAUAUUGUUAAGAAAUAAUAAAAUCACUGAAAACAAAGACACUAACAUGCAACCAAGGGAGGAAACAAAAUAUGAAGAAGAUAAUAAUUCCAAAUUAUUGAAUAUGUCGAAUACAAUUGAAAAAAUUGCAAAUAACACUUACAGAUUUGAAUCUAACGUGGGUAAUAUUACCUCUCAAAUACUUAAUGAAAAUAACCUGACUAAUUCACUAUUAGGAAAAAUUUCAAAAUUUCUCUCUACGCACUGGCAUGCAAUUUACACACCCGUGAAAGAAAACGGAAGCCAAUCGCUCAUGCCUUAUAUAGAGGCAGUAAAAAGUGAUCUUGAAAAUUCUAUAGCUGAGGGAAAAGAAAAAAUGGACGAGAUGAAUAAAAAAAUUGCUAUUAUAAACUCCGAGAUAAAUUCUAUGCGUAUAAAUGACGCGCCAAAACACGAGAAGUAUGUUGCUACUGAAUCCCAUACACAAACCGAAUCGUUGUUCACAAAAACUUGCCUCGCGUUAAUUCUUUCAAUAUUAGUGUGUAUAAUUUUAUAUAAAUUUUAUAAAUCACGUAUGUUUAUAAGAAAUCGUUUGUCUAUAAGUACUCGUGAGCUUCCGGGAGCUAUGGAACACUCGGCAUUAUGAAUUAUUACUUGUUUCAAAACAUUUGCAUUUUGUCCGACUUUCAUACUAAUAGCCAAAAUGCUAUUCAACCAGUGUUAAAUAGUUUUUUACUUUUUACCUUGAGACAAUAUUUUAAGAGACAGAGAUAGCGAACAAACGUAUUAGAUUAUAGCUUAUUAUAAAAGAAAUAGUAAUAUAAAAUAUUUAGUUUUUAAAUUGUUUUAUAUUUUUGGGAUAUAAUAUUGUAUACGUAGUACUAAAGUGGAGAAUAUAUUACAGAACUUAGGUUAUAUAUUGUUUUAGUAUAAUAAUAUGAAUUACUAAAGAAUUAUAUACUUAAUAUGCAAAAUAAAUGUGAAUUCAUUUAUGUACUAUUAUUAUUUGACCGUGUUGCGACUUUUAUGGAUUCAUCAGUUUUUCCUUUUGAAGCCUAACUUCGACUAUCAAUGUAAGUAGGUUAUAUAAGUACUAACAUGAGUCGCUUUAUAAUAAAUGUUUGUUUGAGAA